AUGUCAUCAAUUAGAGAUAGACAAGAUAGCAGAAGAAAAGACUUUAAGAAAGGUAUUGAUACCGAACUUGCUAGAAGAAAGCGUGAGGAGGUCACUUCCAGCAUUAGAAAGUCCGCCAGAGAUGAUUCCAUCUUGAAGAAACGUUCUAUUCAAAGAGAACUUAUUCCAAGCAAUACCAUGACAGAGAUUUCAAUCCCAAAGGAGAUUCAAGAUCAAUUCGAUCAAUUCGAAUCAAAAUCAUUAGAAGUUAAAUUACAAUUAUUACCAGAGUUAACUAGUGCACUUAAUUCCACAGAUCAAGCUAUUGUCGUAUCAGCUUUGAUUCAAUUCAGAAAAUUAUUAUCAUUAGAUAAAAAUCCACCAAUUGAUAAUGUUAUUGCAUGUGGAGUCAUUCCAAGAUUCAAUCAAUUAUUAUCAGAGUGUCCAGUUGCCAAAGUUCAAUUUGAAGCUGCAUGGGCAUUGACCAAUAUCGCAUCGGGUAACAGCAAACAAACCGAAGAGGUCAUCAAAAGUGGAUCCGUCCAAUUGUUUAUCCAAUUGCUUUCCAGUCCAUUCGAAGAUGUCAAGGAACAAUGUGUUUGGGCACUCGGUAACAUUGCCGGUGACUCUACCAAGUCUCGUGAUGGUUUGAUCGAGUUUGGUGCUAUCGAGCCAUUGGUUGCCAUUGGUAUGUCGGGUUCGCCACGUAUGUCAUUGAUCCAAAAUGCCAUUUGGACUCUAUCGAACUUGUGUCGUGGUAAGCCACACCCAGACUACAACCAAACCGUUAAAGUCCUCCCUUUGCUGCGUCAUUUGAUCAGUCCAGCAUUUGCUGCCCACUCUGAUAUUUUGGCAGACGCUUGUUGGGCUGCCAGCUACUUGUCCGACGGUGAAGACAAGCGUAUCCAAUCGGUUGUCGACGCCCAGUUGGUUCCAGGUCUCGUCACCAUGUUGGCUAAUCCAUCCAGCUCCGUCUACACUCCAGCUUUGCGUGCCAUCGGUAACAUUGUCACUGGUAACGCCGGUCAAACUCAGACCGUCAUCGAAUGCGGUGCCAUUCCAAUGCUCUCCAAGUUGUUGGACGUCAACCGUAAGAAUGUCCGUAAGGAAACCUGUUGGGCAUUGAGUAAUAUCACUGCCGGUAGCCAAGAGCAAAUUGUCACAGUCGUUUCGCCAACCAGUGACAUCGUUCCAAAGUUGAUUCGUUUGCUCAAGUCUGCCGAACAUGAAGUCAAGAGAGAAGCCUGUUGGGCACUGAGUAACGCCACCAACGGAUCACCAGCCACCAUCAACGCAUUGGUCAACAGCGGAAUCCUCGAGCCACUCUGUGAACUCUUGGACAACCAAGAUCUGGUCGUUUUGAAGGUCACUAUGGAGGCUUUGUACAAUAUUCUCAGCUAUGGAAGCACCUUGCAAAAGAAGAGCGGUGUCAAUCCAUACAUUUCCAUGAUCGAAGAGGUCGAAGGAGACCAAAAACUGAUCGAACUCCAAGAAUCAGAGAACAAAGACAUUUUCAAAAAGGCAUCGAAAUUGUUGGCUGAGUUCUUUGAAGUCAGUGAAUACGAUGAUGAAAACUCUGAACCAAACACUCAUUUCCAAUUCGGUAGUUCUGCAACACUAUCUGAUGAACAAAUGCAAAUGAUCCGUGUAUCAUUUGAUAAAUUUGAUACCGAUAAGAGUGGUACUUUGGAUAAGUUCGAGUUGAGAAAGGUAUUGGAGGAGACACUCAAGAGAAAAAUCAGUGAUGUUCUAUUCAAUCGUUAUAUUGAGAUUCAGUUCCAGAUUUCAGAUACCAAUUUCAAUGGAGUUAUCGAUUUCGACGAGUUUGUUUCACUCUACAAAAAGAUUCACAUAAACCCAGAGCUUCCAAUUCACUUGCAGGCCAAACAAUCACCAGAGGUACAUCGUACAUUGGAGACAGGCGACGGUGCUCCAAAGGUCGAGAGCAAAGUGAUCACUCUUACCGACGCUGAAAUGGUAGACGCUCAAGCACAGUUCAAGAAAUACGAUAAAGAUAACAGUGGAAAAAUCGAUCGUCAAGAACUUGCUGAUCUCCUCAGAGAAACAAUUGCAAAGAAGAUGGGUAAUUUAAUGAUGAACAGAUUGGUCGACAGCCACAUGCAAUUGGCAGAUAAAGAUAACAGUGGCGAAAUCGACUUUGAUGAAUUUAUCAUCAUCUAUAAAAAGAUCUUGUCAAAUGCUAAAUAA